AUGCCUUUGCCCAUCUUCCGUGCUCAGUUGCGUUCGACACCUGCAAACGGGCACGCAGCUUUUCUUCCACAUAUACGCAAGCUCGUCUUUGAGUUUUGCAAUAAAUGGCCCUCAUCUGAAAACACACGCACCUUUCUUCUCAACGACCUACAGUCUCUGGCACGCCAAAACCCCCAUGUAGAAAUCGUCGUCAGGCAGCGCAGUCAGAAAGAGCCUAUCGUCCGUGGCUUUUAUGUCAACAACCGCGACAAGGUCAUCCCCCUCAACUCCCUCGAGGUCACCGGCAUCCACAAAAAAGUCCGCCUUUUGCUCGAUUCAUCAGGUGCAAAAAUCAAACCCCUCAAACGUCGCCCCGUGGAGAGUACUACCCAGGCUGCGAGAGGCAUAUGGAGCGGUCUUCAUGCAGAUAGGCCAACGUUGUAG